ACAUCGGCGAGAGCCAAGUCCCCCCCCAAACCCAAGCCAAAGCCCAGAGAGGCAAGAGAGGAAGUUAAUGUAAUUCAUGUGCUUCGACUCUUAACAGCACUUGAGGAUUAUUUAGGAAGUUUAGGCCCCAGCAUUACGGAAUUAUUAGCCAAAGCUCUACAGAUUUCUAAGGUGCAUCCAGACAAGGUCAAUAGUUUGAUUCUCUCACCCGAAAAUUGUGUCGUUUUGGAGACGGCAAAGGAAAAAUUUACGGGUCUAAUAAUUUCCAAAAUGUUGGAAGGUAAUCAAGAGCGAGCACUGAAAAAGGCUGUCAACGAUACCGAAGCUUUGCUGGAGUUUGCUGCUGAAUUGACGGCUCAUGGUUCAAAUGAAAAUGAGAAAACUACUGGGAAUAGCAGUACCGCCGGACAAGCUCUGAGCAAUUCUUACUCAAAUCAGGAAGUCGCUCAAAAUACAAAGUCAACAGGAUCAUACAAAAUAUCAGAUCAAUUUGAUAAAACCGAACUGGCUGCCAAAUUAGCCUCAUCAUUGAUCUCACAAGGAAAAACAAAGAUUAAUCCUGAACAGUUGAAGCAAAUUAUUCAAGUUUACUCUCUAAUCGAGCAGAAGAAACUUCAAGAACCUUCAUCAAGCACAAUUAGCGCUGGUAUUAACUCAUCAAGUAUUACAUUUAGUAGCAAUACUAGCGAACGCCAACAAUUGUUGAACUUAAAUCCUUCAGAACAAAAUCGAGAACAAGCUUAUAACUACAAUUCUGCCACACAAAAUCGUGGUUCUUAUAACCUAAAUUCUGACACACAGAGUCGAGAUUCGUUUAAUUCAAAUCCUGCAGCACAAAAUCGCGAAUCUUAUAAUUCAAGUUCUGCAGUACCAACUCGGAAUCAGUUUAAUGCAAGUUCCACCCAACAAAAUCCCAAAUCAAAACUUCCGGCUCAAAAUCAACAAUUUUAUAACUCAAAUUCUAACCAUGAUCGUCAAACAUUUACAAAUCAAAAUCAAUUCAUGAAUUCUAACAUGACAAGCGAUAUGCAAAACAUGCAAACUAGUUCGAAUUACUUCUCUGCAAAUAUGGCUCAAACAAAUAAUACAAUUUUCAAUAAAAACACAUAUGGUGGAAACCCUAUGGAAUACAAUAACAGCGAUUUGUCGGAUCAGCAGUAUAAUCAAUACAAUGGCCAAUUCAAUGACAGUGGACAAUUUAAUAACAAUAUGAAUCCCUCAUCUAUGUACGCAAAUCGGACAUAUCCUUUUGGCUCGUCAAAUAACAACACCGGAGACAGACGCAACUGGAUGUAAACUGAUGUGCCCUAUGCUGAUUAAGAUUUGAAACCCUUGCAAAUACAAUUUGUUGUAAUGCUAGUUAUUAUUUUUAAAAUAUGUCAUUAUGGAAGAAAAUGAAAUAUGUGAUUAUGUAAACAUAUAAUUAAUUUUGAACAUUUAAACAUUGUCCAAAAUGUUUCCCAAAAAUUUUACAUUUUUGAGACAUUUUGUAAUAAUAACUAAAUAAAAUAUUAAAUAAUAUGUCAUAAGAACAUAUGAUGAACAAUGUAAAAUUACCAAUUAAGUUUUCUUUUUUU